UACAAGGUUCCAGUCGCUAGGACACCGGUCCCAUUCCGCUGCGGAGGAGCUUGCCGACUGGACCCUUCCGUGAACGUACCUUCAGUGAUGGCUCUUGUGUGGUGCGCGCUGUUCACAUGUCUACAGUUAGUGAUGGGUGUCGAUCGGUCACCCCUCCCGGAUUUACCUCCGGGUGAGGCUCCUGAGCCCAUCCUCAGAUUCAUGGAGAGGACCUACAAAUCUGCGCGAGCCCAGAUGAGCUACGACGCCGGCUCCCCUCUCCUUCUCACUUCGUACAUCGAGCAGAAGAAGAUAGAAGAAGCCAGGGCGGCCGCGGCCGUUGACCCCGACUACUUAUUGCCUGAUAUGGAGAGCUAUGCAGGAUAUUUGACGGUAAAUAAAGAAUAUAACGCCAAUCUUUGGUUCUGGUACUUCCCGGUUGUUGGUAAACCAGUGGAAGAGACGCCUUGGAUAAUAUGGCUCCAAGGAGGUCCUGGCGCAUCAUCCUUGUACGGCCUCUUUACUGAAAUAGGACCAUUCUUCGUCGGCGAGAACAUGGAUUUAAAUGAAAUGAAGUAUUCUUGGGCUAAGAACCACUCUUUGCUAUUCAUUGAUAACCCAGUGGGCACAGGCUUCAGUUUUACUGACGACGACAGAGGCUACGCAACAAACCAAACUACGAUUGGAGAGAAUUUAUAUACAGCUCUACAGCAGUUCUUGACAAUGUUCCCUGAACUUCGUAAAGCUCCAUUGACGAUAGCCGGUGAAUCGUACGCGGGCAAACACAUUCCGUCACUUGGUGUUCAGAUUCUUUGGAACAGAAAUGAAGACGAACCGAUUAAUCUUCACGGUCUAGCAAUCGGGAAUGGAUUUAUCGACCCGCUGUCUCUACAGAGGUACAGCUACUUUGUCAGAGAAGUUGGACUCGUGGACGAUGGGGUCGCUAAUUCCAUGAACCAUUUAGAAACAGCAGUCGUGCAGUUUAUCAACAAUGGAGAGAUGCUGAAGGCUUAUGCUUAUUACAACUACCUCCUCCAGCUGUUCCUCUCACAAUCGCAUCUAUCAAAUCUAUACAAUUACUUACAAGAUGAAACCAGCCUUGACGGAGUUUAUUCAGAUUACCUUCAAAGAGAGGAAGUCAGAAGAGCCCUGCACGUUGGCAACACUAACUUCACGUCCAUAGGCGUUGUUUACAGGAAGUUAGUACCUGAUUUCAUGGGAAGUGCCAAAAUGUGGCUUGAAGAACUUCUUGAGAACUACAAAGUUAUGCUUUACAAUGGUCACCUGGACAUCAUAGUGGCAUACCAUCCCUCUGUGAAUACGUAUGACUCGCUUUCCUUCUCUGGAUCUUCAGAGUACGCAAAAGCUAGGCGGUUACCGUGGUACCACAACGACGAAUUAGCUGGGUACUACAAAGUAGCUGGUAAUUUAACAGAAGUAAUGGUCCGGGGUGCGGGCCACAUGGUACCCGCUGACAAGUCCGCCGCGGCGCUGGGUCUCAUCUCAGCUUUCGCGCGAGGAAUCUCAUUAGAAGAAGACACUAAUAGCUUAGUGGAUGCAGAAAAAAACUUGCUACGAAGGCGUCAGCCACCACUAAACUAGUUAAUUCGUUAUUGUGCGCCUGUGGAGCGACUACUGGAUUUUUUGCUAUGAUAUUUGCCAUGUAAUAUUAUUAGUAGUAAAAUAUUUUUAACUCUUUUUAUA